UCGACACGCCGUUAGAGAGUACCGCGCGCAUGUUCAAAAGUGGAACCAAUUUUACGGAAAAGUGUUAAAUUUAACUUCUUACUGGUGGUUCAAUUUUAAACAAUUUUAAACUGAAAGUUAAAUAUUUAAUUAUAUAAUUUGGUGUAUUUUAAAUGUUUCUCAUUUGUGUUUAAACGGAACUGGUGUCUUAGUGUCUGGUGAAAGUUAUCGUGUGCUAGCAAGACAGAAUAUAUGUAAAGUGCGUUGUAUUUUUCAUAUUCAAAAUAUUAUUGAAACAACGAAACUGCUGUUAUAUAUUUAUUUUUAAAUGAUAACAAAAGACGAGCAUAUCCCGGUUCCAAAGUGAUGUAAGUUAUGUGACUCAUGGCCUGUGACGGGAAAAACAAGAUGGCGGUGGGAAGAUGGCGCACGUGUUUUGGCGCGCUUUUCAUUAUAUGUGUACAAAUUGUUAAUUGUUACGAACAGACAUACACAAUAUCGCAGCUAUCACCAAAGUCAGUCGUCGACGAUAGGUUUAACGCUAAUAUAUUAUUAAAAACAAGCGACGCCGAAAUAGCUUUUAAUUUAGAACCUAGUGCCAAAUAUGACGACAUUUCAAUAACACAAGACGUAAUCUCGGACGAUGAAACGGGAAGCGAAGUAAACGUCGAACCAUCAGUUGAACCAAGCAGAGGUUCGAGAUCAAUCAAUGUAGACGAAAUACCAUCGUCAAAUAACAAUGAAAUAGACAAUGUAAUCGAAGUACACAAUAAGAGGAAGUAUUACGAUAUAGAUCCAACUAAAACUAUUGAUUAUUACACGAGCGAUGAAGCUAUGCUGAUGUCGUCCGGUUUCGGUGACAAAUUAGACUUCAAGUUUCCGGGGGAAGGGAAGAGGGCUCCGAAGGGGCGUGCACUAGCACCUACGGGGCCCAAAAUCAGAUCCACUGCAGUGCAGCCGCCGACAUUCGCCACUACCAGCCCUAGAGAUCAAGGACGUCAGAAUUCAGAAAUACAUAAUAUUAUAACGGGAAUUGUCCAAAUGUUAAACGGUAAAGUUAACGUUCAAGCUAAUACGCAGCUAUUGAACGGCAGACCUCGACCAAUGACGUCUAGGAUAAACAAUCGCGGCCCACCGAGGAUAACUGAGUCUUACUCUGCAUCUGAUUUCGAUAAACCUAUUACGCCACCGCCAUUAUUCCAUCCCACGAAAAUACCACCACCGUAUCCCUUCGAUAUACCUCAUGGUGUCAAUUUACCUGAGCAAAUUGUUCCACCACUGAAUAAUAGACCAGGGUUCCAUCGACCUAUGCCGCCCUGGCAGAGACCGAGGCCAAGACCACCAACACGAAGACCGAAUCCAGGUCUUCCAGUAUACAAACCUACUCACAUUCCUCCACCAGACAUUCCAGAUUUAGAUGAUAAGCAAAACGAAAACGUCUCACAUUCUGAGAACAAAUUACAUCACGACGAUGUUAUACCCUUAGUGACUCCUGAAUCAACAACCGAAACAAGAAACAUAACAGAGGACGAUAAAGAAAAUCAGUUAACAACAGCCGAAACAACUACAAGCGUUUCGACAACGGAAACGACAACGGAAUCUACAACGACAUCAACAACGACGACAACUACAACGACAACAACAACAGAGAAACCAAUUGAACUCACAACACAAAAGACAACUACAGAAAAAGCGAAAACCGAAAAACCUUUGAAACCUGAAAAGAAAAAGGAGCAAUUUAAUUCAGAUAAAAAUAGAGACAAAUAUAAAGUAACAGAAGAGAAAACCACAGAGCGUCCAGUUAAAAAUAACAUUGAAGUCGCACCAGUUAUAGAAUCCUCUUUAACUGAAGUCCCACCGUCAACAACAGUCUCCACCGCCGCUCCAACGCCGACAUUGGGUUUGAUGAGUCACGCGCCAUCUGCCACUGAAGCUGUCAAACCUAACGUCGAAAUGCAGACGUCGUCAAUAAAUACAGAUCCCUUGCCAACAUCCGAAAUUCCAUAUCGGCCUUAUCGUCCUCGUCCCGGCAUAGUCCUCGAUGACACCGACUUCAAACCGCAUGGAACUAGGUACCGUCCAGAUGCACCCAUCAUAACCGCCGCUGAGACCGCGUUGCCAGGGUACGGGGAGAUAUUUGACGUGACCGUAUCCGCUAUCCAGGGUCCAGGGGAGAAACCGGCUUCUGUUAACGUGGAACAUAUAAACAUUCACCGUGACGACAUCAUCGUGUCGGCAACAGGAGAACAAGGUUUCGUCUCAAUCGAUGGGAAGAGGACUUACCUCAACUUGUUCGAUACGUCCACUCCUACUAUUGCACCCACGAGGGUGCAGAGCACACCCUACCAUACUGCUCCCCCACCGACCCUGGGCCCCGCGAUGGGUACGGGGGUGGCGAUACCGGCUGAUGACGUGCCGCUACCGCCGAGACGGCCUCACGCUCCACACAGACAGCCUCCCUACCGACGACCGCAACCGACCGUUAGAAUCGACACUUGCAUAGUCGGUGAUGACUCCACUUGUGAUCAGGCCCAGAACGAGAUGUGCAGGACGGAAGCGGGUAUAUCUAGCUGUCAGUGCAGACCGGGAUACGCGAGGAGGACACACCGGGACCCUUGCAGGCGAGUCGUAUCCCUCGUCCUCAACUUGAGGGUGGACAGGAUAUAUGACAGAAAGAUGGCGUGGGACGCGAAGUUAGCUGAUAAAGAGUCGGAACCUUAUCAGCAGUUGAGUUACGAAGCUGUGAGAGCCAUCGACUCGGCGUUCUCAAUGACUCCGUUCUCGGACGAUUUCGUCAGCGGCUCAGUGAAUAAUGUUUUUAAAGGCGACGAGGAGAACCGCGGGAUCUUCGUUAAUUAUACGGUUUUGAUGCAAGAGACGGCGGAGACGCUCCGGCCGGCGGUGGCGGGCGACAUCCAGAAGCACCUGCUGGGCGUCGUGCGGCGCCGCUCCAACAACAUCGGCGCCUCCGCGCUGUGGGUCGACUCGCCCGCCGCCUGCGUGCUGCCGCUGCGCGAUUUGGAUGAAUGUUCGUCUUCUGAUCUGAACGACUGCCACGAGCUGGCCGUCUGCACGAACAUGUGGGGAUCGUUCUCCUGCGCGUGCCCCGACACCACGCUGGACGCGGGCGGCGCGCGGGCCGGGCGCGCGUGUCGCGCGUGCGGCGCGCAGCACUGCAGCGAGCGCGGCCUGUGCCGCUACGCGCACGGGCAGCCCUACUGCACCUGUUCGUCCGGCUACUACGGGUCCACGUGUGAGAUGGACGGCGAGGUGAUCGGAGUGGCGGUGGGGGCUUCCCUGUUGGCGUUGGUGGUCAUAGUGAUCACGCUGGCGGCGCUGAUAUCUUGGAGCCGCAAGUGGUCACGCGAUCAGAUGGCUGGUGUGGGGUCCCCAGUGUUCAACUACAUGGCAGCGAAUACGGUGAAGACUCCGCCGGUGGGUCAACCGCCAUACCAGGUAACUUUGGAAGAGAGAAUGCGAUGGGCGCAAAUAGCUGAGGCCAUGACGCAAGCGAGCCAUUAUGCGCAAGCUGAUCACACGCAAACAAUGGCGACUCGUCCCUCCUCAGCCAUGUUUGGAGGGUACCCGCCACUGCCCCCCGUGCCUCUACCGAGAAUGGGCGUGCACGGCGGCCACCUCAGCGCCCCCCGCGCCCCCGCCGCGCACCACUCCCUCUACGGUUACACGAACCACAUGGCGACCGACUCGACCAGCUCCGAGGCGUCGAGUCACGUGCAGGACCGCGCCGACCUGCUGGUGCCGAGGCCGAAGUCCCGAGCGAGGAGUAUGCAUAAUCAAACCGGUAUAUACUACGACGUCGAAUAUGAGAACGCUGAACCGAUAUACGGAACCAAAGGGAUACCGCUGUCCACGUACACAGUGAGCCGCGGGCCCCCCUACUACAGGUCAUAAUAUAUGAUUCAACGGACAACGAAUUU